UUCACGGACCAUAGCUUGAGAUCACUUCAGAAAGGUAAUUAGCAGUUUUGGUUGGAUGGUUCAGCUAGAGAGCUUGGUGCGUAGAACUGACCGACUUCAGAUAUCCAAUCCUACCAGCUAAGGCUGCAGCUGACUCUGUAUGUUGAAAAGAUCGCAAAUUGAAGACGUUGCCUUCUAAUAUUGCGAAGUGGUGACCAAAUCUGAAGGCUUCGAGAGAAGACAGCAAAAUGAGUAAACGUGGCACGGUAGCUGAUCGAAUGGCGUUCUUCCGCCAAGCUUUGGAAACAGAAGAGAAAAAAGAACACGCACCAAAGAGGCCGUCGAUGUCAGCGAAGAAAAAGGUUUUGAGCAGUUCGACGAAUUAUUCCUCUACAUCAACAAAACCCCAGGCCAAGCAAGAGAACGGAGAACAGGUUAAAACUACAGAAAGUACAACGAAAAAAGUGGAGAAAGUUGCAUCCCAAAGGAAAGAACCAAGAGUUUUGAAGAAGAAACCUGAACUAAAGCGACAGAAGUCAGUUUCAUCAUUGGUUCUGGCGUGGUGUCAAGAUGUUACUAGAGAAUACAAGGGUGUGAACAUUCAAAACUUCAGUGGCAGCUUUAACAAUGGCCUGGCAUUCUGUGCUCUCAUUCACAAGUUUCACCCUGAUAAGUUUGACUUUGAUUCGCUUGAUGCUGAGAACAGAGAAUAUAACGUUCAGUUGGCAAUCGAAGUUGGAAC